AUGACUGAAGGAGAAUUCUUGUUUCUAAAACUAAACCUGCAACCAGGAAAUACAAGAAUUGAAUUUUCUGACAUGCCUCAGAAUCUAAAUUGUUACCUCAAAGCUGGACGUAUGAGAGUGUCUAAAAAGCAAGAAAACGGACCUGUUGCGAAAAAUGCUAAACCUCCAGGAAAAGAAAAGACAAGUGCCAUUGCCAGUUUUUCAAAAACUCAGAACAUGGGUGUCUUGCUAGCAGAAGUGCUGAGCAAAAUGAGCCACAAAAUUCAUGCAGCAGCAUUGCAGGUGGCUCACCAAAAGCCACACCCUGCCUUGGAGAAGUUCAUACUGCCUAAAAGAAUUUACAUUAUUCAACAACCACGGAAAUGUUAA